GAUCAACAACAGAAGGCUGAAGCCAUUAAAGAGCAAGGGAAUGUCGCUUUCAAGUCUGCUGAAUAUGAUAAAGCUAUAGAACUUUACACCAAAGCAUUCGAAACGAAUCCAAAUAACAAAGCAUACCUGACAAACAGAGCAGCUGCACUCAUGUCACAGAAGAAGUUCAGAUCUGCUAUAGAAGAUAUCGAGAAUGCGAUUAGCAAAGAUAGCAAUCCAAGUUCAAAGAUUUUAGUUAGAUUAGCUAAAUGUCAUUUAGCACUUGGUCGUCCUACUCAAGCUUUAGCUGUUUUAACUCCUGUCAAAGAUAGUGAUGAUUCUACCGUCAAACAAAUUACAGCUCAAUCUAAAAGAGUUAUAGCUGCUAUAGAUAAUUACGAAAAGGAAAGAAAUGUUAAAAAUUGGUCAAUGGCUUCAAUGGCACUCAGAAUGGCAGAAAGGGAAGCUGGUUGUAGUCCCCUUGACAUUCCAUCAGAUUGGAAAGCAGCAAAAGUUGAAUGCUUGAUUGGAAAGGGUGAUUUAAUUGAAGCAGGAAGAGUCGCAAGCGAUAUUUUAUCUGGUUCACCAAACUCUCCUGAUUUGUUAUACCUUCGUGCUAGAGUUCUCUUUCUUGACAGCAACUUUGCGAAAUGUAUAGCACAUCUUCAAUCAGCAAUGAGAUCGGAUCCUGAUUUUACACCUGCAAAGAAGCUUCUGAAGCGUACGAGAAUUGUUGAAAGAGGUAAAGAAGCUGGUAAUGUUGCUUUCAAAUCCGCUCAAUAUGAAGAGGCUAUCGAAAAGUACACCGAAGCACUUUCAGCUCUUUCAGAUGAUGACCAGGGUGAAAUUGGUGAAGGUAAAGUCAAGGCCGUUUUGUUAUCGAAUAGAGCAACAACAUACUCAAAAAUGACUGAUAAAUCAGAAGAUGCUUUGAAAGACGUUGAUGAAGCUUUGAAAUUACACCCAGAAUACACUAAAGCUUUAAGAACAAGAGCUAGAAUACAUCUCAAUAUAGAGAAUUUCGAAGAAUCUGUCUCAGAUUUCAAGAAAGCCUUGGAAUUCUGUACAAUGGAAGAGAAACCUGCUUUAGAAAAUGAAGUACGUAAUGCGGAGAAGGAACUUAAGAAGUCAAAACGUGUCGAUCAUUACAAGAUUCUUAGUGUGCAUAAAGAGGCCACUGAAGUUGAGUUGAAAAAAGCAUUCAGAAAGCAAUCACUUCAACGUCACAUAUAUGACAACGGACUUGACUUGGAUGAUGGACCAGGUAUGGGUGGUGGAUUCAGCAGCGGUGGAUUUGGAGGCGCUGACAUUAACCUUGCUGAUUUAUUCGCGUCUGGUGCAUUUGGUGGUGGAAUGGGUGGCAUGGGUGGUGGUGGCUUUAGUUCAUUUGGUGGCUCAGCUGGUGGCUUCCCAGGUGGUGGUGCACGGUUUAGCAGCACCCAAGGUGGCUUCCCAUUUUAAACAUUCUUUGUAUAGACAUUUUAUUUUCAAAGAAGUA